GAUGAUCCAACCUGGACUCGUCUGACACAGGAGCUGGUUCCAACUGAGGGACCCUAGGACCUCAACAGGUUCAGCUCACUGUGCAAUAUGCUGUGGUACAAAACCCGAACUGUAUCAACACAUUUACAUAGUAUUGAGAGUCGGGAGUCACCUCACUCACAACAAUACUGGUAUUGACUAUUUGAUCCCAAUAAUACACUCACUCAUUUGCCUUUGAGCAAGGAUAGUUCAGGUUGCACAGAAGAGGCGCUCGAGUAUUGGAGUCAAGUCUGCGGUGCAUAUCCAAUACGAUCCCCAGACCUCUCAACUGUGAGAUAUCAGGUUCGAUACCGUGUUUCUUCACCAUGAUCUAUGUAUCUGCUUCAUGCAGCCAGCCGAUCUUGUGCUGAACAGACCACUGAUAGUUCGCGGCAUAAAAGGCAUCUUGUCAUACCAGAUGCAGGUUGAUGGUGAACACACAAGGUGGAGGUUGAUACGCCAGCCUUGUAUGGAGCACUUCCUCCGAUUAUUGUGGUCUUUAUGGAGUAACCGGAAAAAUUUGAAUGGGAACCUACCCAUACUCGGGCAGGAACGCAAAUAUCUGCGUAGAGAUAUGGCUAAAUUCUCUUUUAAUUCUAUCCUUGAUGCUCUCUCUCCCUCUUCGCUUACAGCGGGAAUCACUCCCAAGACGGGGCCCCACAUGCCCAUGUUCCGAAGGCGGGACGGGGAGUGGGGGACUGCAUGAUGCACCAUGGAUUGCACCUGAGGAAGUACGUACCUACCUAGCUUCCCUUGGAGCACCCACCUCACGGCACAACCCACUUCACUUUGACUUCACCUCACGAUAACGACUUAUCAAUCACAAUCAUCGGAGCUUAAUAAGCCUUCCGCCUUCUACGGGCCCUACAUGCGAUUGUCUACUAUCUGAGCAAUCGCUCUGUCCAUUGCACAAGCAAGCUUUCAUAAUGGGCGAUCACGAAAGUUCCCAGAUCAAACAUAACGAGCAUCUGUUGCUUGUAAGUCCGACUCAACCAAGCUUCCCAUCACCGCCUCUCCAUCAUAACUGAUAGUCGACAUCAGGACCAACCUUUGCUUCGCCUCCCCUCCGAACUCCUCCGAAAGAACUUCCGCACGGCCCAUUUCACGAUCGAGAAAGACACAACCGCCAUAAAGACAUUACUCAAAGAUUCAGCCACCGCUGCCGUCUCCGGCCGCGCAUCACAGCAAGAUGUCCUUCGUAACCUCGACGCAAUGGUGUCCCGCAUGCGAGGCUUGAAGCGCAAACUCCAAGCGAGCGCCGCCGAGGAGGCUCGUCUGCAUGCACAAACAGCUGCCCGCAUCUCACAUCUCGACGAACUAUACAAGAUGGAUACAGUGGAGGACGUCAAAUACGAGCAAUGGAGUAGGAAGAGGCUCGAUCGCCUUUUAGCGGACUACCUGCUUCGUCAUGGCUACAACGAUACUGCAAAGGAGUUGGCCGAGCAGCGCGGUAUCUCCGAUCUCGUUGAUAUCGACACCUUCGUUGCUGCAAGCCGUAUCAGGGAUUCUCUUCUGAACCAGAGCGUGGCUGAGGCUCUGGCUUGGUGCAACGAUAACAAGAAGGAGUUGAGGAAGAUGGAGAGUAAGCUCGAGUUCAUGCUUCGCUUUCAACAAUAUAUUGAGCUGGUACGCUCGCAAUCCUCGGCCAAGCUCACUGAAGCCAUUGCUCACGCAAAGAAACAUCUCAUUCCUUACCGGGCCACAUUUCCCCGUGAAGUACAGCAGGUCUGUGGUCUGCUUGCAUUUCCUCCUGGUGGUGCAUCCGCUGCCGCACCCUAUGGAGAUUUGUAUAAGCCCUCCCGCUGGGCUGACCUUGCCGACCUCUUCGCAACAACCCACAAUCAACUCCUUGCUCUUCCUGCGGUCCCGCUCCUUCACGUCGCACUUUCUUCUGGCCUAUCGGCCCUAAAAACACCUGCAUGCCACACGGACCCAAUGCACUCAUCAGAUAGCCCAUCUGCCCAAAGCACAUCCGAUAUCGUAGCAGCAGCCUCGAGUCUCGGCCACGGCGUUUGUCCCAUUUGUUCCACUGAACUCAACGAGCUUGCCCGGAAUGUACCGUACGCUCACCACACUCAGAGUCAUGUAGAGCACGAUCUCAUGCUAUUGCCUAAUGGUAGCGUCUAUGGGAGGGAUCGCCUUGAAAUACAGGCGAGGAAGAAUAAUCUGCCUUCCGAUCAGGUUAAGGACCUCCGGACAGGCGAUAUCUUCCCAGUUGAGUCACUGAAGAAGGUUUAUAUCACAUAAACAGUUCAUCGCUGGGGACCCACCAUGCGUAAAAGAAAUUCCCGGCUCGAGAUUGGCGUUUACUACAUGAACAGGUGUUCCGGUUCUCUUCAUAUUGUACAAUACAAAGUCACUGCGAGCCAGGGGCUUAGACAUAGCGCUGCCAUUCAUUUUUGACGGGCAUCAUGCCAUAGCACAACUUAGAUUGGACAAAUUAAACAACUUUGUGAAGCUCAAAUUCGAAGGUGCCAACUCCUAGUUAACCAUACAAUACAGUAUACAACAGCGGCGCCGACACCAACUGGC